GAAACUUGGAGAAAAAAUAAAAAAUAAAAAAUAAAAACAGGAUAGAAGCCCAAAUCAAACAAGAAACACUAAAAUGGAAUUUUCAUGCCUAGCUAGCACUUACCAUUACCAAUAGACAAGAGUCUUCAUCAACAUCUAUAAAAGGAGACACCUUUUGUCCUUAACCAAGUCUUUUUCCUUCUGGGUCUUUCAUAAACCUGUCAAAUGAGCUCCAUUUCUGCAAAAGUGACAAUGGGGUAUUGGGGAGUGCUGGUCUGCUUCAUGGCUUCAUGGGUUUUGAGUGUAGUUGGUGAUACUUUGCCUCCUUGUGAUUUCCCAGCAAUCUAUAACUUUGGAGACUCAAAUUCAGACACUGGCGGCAUAUCUGCUGCGUUUGAGCCAAUUCGAGCACCAUAUGGUGAGGCUUUCUUUCACAAACCAGCUGGUAGAGAUUCUGAUGGCCGCCUCGUCAUAGACUUCAUAGCUGAGAGGCUGAAAUUGCCAUACUUGAGUGCCUAUCUCAACUCGAUUGGGACAAAUUACAGGCAUGGAGCCAAUUUUGCCACAGGAGGAUCAACCAUUAGGAGGCAGAACGAGACAAUAUUUGAGUAUGGGAUUAGUCCUUUCUCUCUUGAUAUGCAGAUUGUGCAAUUUAACCAAUUCAAGUCACGGACUGGAGAUCUCUUCUAUGAAGUGAAGAAUACUCCUGAGGCACAAAAACUCCCCAGACCUGAGGAUUUUGCUAAGGCUCUUUACACUUUUGAUAUUGGCCAAAAUGAUCUUUCUGUUGGGUUUAGAAAGAUGAGCUUUGAUCAGCUUAGAGCAGCAUUGCCAGACAUCACUAACCAAUUGGCUUCAGCAGUCCAAAAUAUAUAUGAACAAGGAGGGAGGGCAUUUUGGAUCCAUAACACAGGUCCAAUUGGUUGUUUGCCUGUGAAUCUUUUCUAUGUCUCUAAUCCGCCUCCUGGUUAUCUUGAUGAACAUGGCUGUGUCAAGGCACAAAAUGAGAUGGCUGUUGAGUUUAACAGCAAGCUUCUGGAUAGAAUUGUUAAACUAAGGACAGAGCUCCCACAAGCUGCAAUUACAUAUGUGGAUGUAUAUUCUGCUAAGUAUGGACUUAUAAGCAAUGCAAAGAAUCUAGGAUUAGCUGAUCCAUUGAAGGUCUGCUGUGGUUAUCAUGUGAAUUUUGACCAUAUAUGGUGUGGAAAUAAGGGAAAAGUUAACAACACUGAAGUCUAUGGUGCCUCCUGCAAAGACCCUUCAAUCUUUAUAAGCUGGGAUGGUGUGCACUACUCUCAGGCUGCAAAUCAAUGGGUUGCUAAUCAUACACAGAAUGGUUCAUUGGCCAAUCCUCCAAUCCCAAUUACUCAUGCAUGCCACAGGCAGUGAGUGGGAUAACCAGGUUAAAAGAACUGGAAUUUAGUAGAAUGGCUAGUUUUUAAGUUGAAGUUGCGUGUGAUUUGUGUCCUUAGGAUGAUUGUCAAAGGACCAUGAGAAAAUUUCCACUGUAUCAGAGAAAUCAGAUUAAGAAAGAGCAAUAAAUGAUCACUUUCGUGUAAA